AUGAUAGCCUCCACCAACUCCAACGCUCUCAAAGUCCUUAUUUUAGGGGGCGUUUUGUUCGCUUCCUUCGGACACUGUGGCCAAGUUCUAAACGCGGUCUGGUCUUUCGGCACUUUCAGCACUAUCUCCGGUCCAAGUGGCAACGAGCAUGGCUACGGUGGGGGAUUUGGCCUAUACAAAGAGGAUGGCAGCCAGGUCUUCCACGACUCCCAUCCCGGCGGCGGAACCAGCUGUGCGGGUGUGGGCGACGGCACCAUCUUCUCUCUCACUGGCGGAUGCCACGACGAUUGGGGAAUUUCGAUUUAA